AUGUCUGAUUCACCAGGUAUUCCCACCUACACGUCCGCCCCUCUGAAUUCAAACCAGAAGGAAGAAGACACCACCGCAGCCAAACCCCAGCCUCAACCCGCCACCGCAAUCGAGUCCUCCAUAACUACAGCUCCCCAACCUGCAACAACCUCAGCUACAGCCACCGCGCCCUCAUACUCCCCCAUAUACGCAACAUCCCAAAACCCCCCGCCACCACUGCCUGCCGCCGCAGCGAGCCUGCCAACUCCAACAGCAGCUCCUGUACCUCAACAAUCAGGCAACCUCACCGCAACUCCAACAACCACAAUCCCCUCCACGACCUCUCAAUCCCCGCCAGCACCCCAAGCAGGUCCUUUCCCAACUCCCACGGGAGCAGGGGUUACAUCGACAGCUCCUUCGUCAGUUCCCCCACCCCCUAAAGCAGGUGAAGCCAUCACGCCUUCUCUGCACUCUACGCAUCCACCCACCGGCACCUCAUCUCAAACACCAUUUACACAAUCAUACGCCUACCAGCGCCACCCGUCUGGAUCACACGGAACAAUUCCAAACUCCACUUCUUCUCCGUAUUCGGCUGUGUACCGCAGCUCAUCAGAGGGAGGCUCACGGCCACAAGGACUGCCCACGUACCAAAGCAAUAGCAGCGGGGGCGGAGCGAACAAUAUCUUCCCCGACGAUGAGGAGCCUGGAUUCAUGAAUGUGGCAAAGGGGUGGAUGCAAAGUGCCGGGGAGAAGUUAGCGGAGGUGGAGGCGGAAGUUUGGAAGCGAAUUAAUGAUGCCCAUGGGAAAUAA